AUGCCUGCUAUCAUACUUUUUCGUCGCGGUUGGCGCUUUGGCAGUGAUGAUUUUGUCUUAUCGUCACUGUUUGUCAUUAGUCUUCGCAUCAUCGGAUUCAUUCUUGCUAUUUUACCAACAUACCUAUAUUGGAAAUCCGAGCCAUAUCUUCCUGAUUUAGUUUUGACCGUUUUAAAUGGUGCUGUUAUUCUUGAUUCUAUUCAAAUCUUUCUACGAUGUAUCAUAGCCUAUUUGAGCUCUCAAGGUGGAAUAGCAGAAAUUGAAAAACGCAAACACGUCCCUUUACUUCUUUAUUUUGAUCUAAUUUUCAAAAUUUGCGAGCUAAUUGUGUACUCUUUUCUGCUAUACGUUGAAACUUUUCUCACUAAUUGCCUUUCUAAGGCCUGUGUCUUUGUACGGGCUGCCUGCAUUUAUGGAAUAUUUCUAGUGGUGUGUGACCUCCUUCUAUUUCUCACGAAGUAUGAUUCAACUGGUCGUGUUUGGCGUCAUUAUCCAAACAUUUGGUGCAUGGAAGAAGGCUCUAAUUCCCAACGUCUCAACAAAAUUCAGGCUCAUCGUCUUGUUGCCCGGCUGUGGCAUCGUCGUAUUCGUUGCUUAGCCUGUGUCGGUAAUUCCUGUGGUCGUCUAGAUAUGGACACUAAAAUUAGCAAUACUAAUGCUAUGGCCAUGGUUUCUGAGUUGGUUGGUAAUUAUUUUAUGACGAAUCUGGUGGCGACAGAUCUUCUUGCAGGCCUGAUGCUUUUACGAUGGCAGACACAUCAGUGGGUUGAUUGUGGAAAUAGCGUUCCUCUUGAGCGAGUCCUGCAAGACUCGUAUCCUUAUGACCCAGGAGCUGUCACAACCUGCACUCUUUUCAAUGUUGACAGGGAGCUGUCACAAGCUGCACUCUUUUCAAUGUCUUCAUCGAUCACUUGUACAGACUGUCACGGGCAUCAAGUGCUUAUUAUAUAUUCAGAUGAUCUUUUUCUAUGCAAUCUGGUGCGACAACAACGGAAUGGUUAUCAACACCUUGGAAACCGCAUUACAAACACUUUCAUUGGCCCACCUCAACAUGAAUCCGCACUUAAGGUACAAGGAUGCUUCUCUGGAAAAAUCAACGAGUUCACUUAUCACGAAGUGACGUUCGACGCAAAGCUAAUAUUUGAAAGCCACACUGCUAAAGUAGGGGAACGAAUCUCCUCUAGACGGAACGUACUGAAGCGCCACUCUGGUAGCAUAUGGAGCAGUACAAGAUCAAACUUAAACACCACUUACAAGAUGUUUGUUCAACCAAUAAAGCUGUAUUGCUGUGAGCCACUCAUUAAAGCCUCUGAGGUAACUGAUCCUCCUUACGCCAAUCAUAUGAGGCCCAUAAUUCAACAAGAAUUGGAGAGUCCUUUUGAUCGUCUAGCCUAUGACUGGUUAAGUAUUCGUCGACUUUGGAUUUAUUCGAAGCAUGUCACCGCCGUAUACGGAAGCCUCCUCUACCUCAUCUCCAAACGCCUCUCUCCCACAGCCAUCUCAAAUCUCUGUAAAUACCUUCAGUGCCCCGAAACUACUGCUUGCUGUUGUUGUUGUGGCAGUCGUUCUAUUCGUCAUAAGCCGAGUUCAGUAUCUUGA